AUGGACAACGGUCCCCGCAACUCUGGUGGCAAAAUGUCAUUGAUGGACAUUCAAGCCGAACAAGAACGCGAGCGCUCGUAUGGCAACAACAAUCGCCGUGGCAGUCGCUCGUCUUAUAAUAGUAACAAUAACAACAACAACAGUGGCAACAACAACAACAACAACAACUAUCAUCGCAGCAGCAGUGGAGGUGGAGGUGGAGGACGCCGUGGAAGUCGCCGUGGCUCGGAUCGAUCGAGUCUUCCGUUGGAACGUGGCUGUAUCUGCAGUCUCAAGGAAAAAUUUGGUUUCAUUCAUUGUGCCGAUCGUCCCAAUGAAAUCUUUUUCCAUUACAGUGAAGUCACCAGUCCUCAUCCGGAUCAUUUGCAAAUCGAUGACGAAGUGGAAUUCCGCGUGGGCAAAUCGAGAGACAAUCCGGACAAAUUGGCCGCCUUGGAAGUCGUUCAGUUGCCCACUGGCUCCAUUGAAUGGGAGUACGAAGAGACUCCUGGAAAACGCUUUCAGGGAAUCAUUGAUCGUCCAUUGAUGAGAAGUGGAAGCGGCAGCAAUGGAAGAAACAACAGCGACAACAACAACAACAAAUAG